GAAAGCAGCAAAAUUCAACGCCCCUUUCAUUUCGUUUCCACCCUCCCUCCUUCCUUCCAUACUAUUACUAGGGAGUAGUAGUUGGCACUGCAAGCUGCCCGGUUGCCAUCUUUCUACAUAAAGUCCUCCCACUUUUUUCUACCUAAUUGCCUCCUACCGUCUAAUUCUUCCACCAUUUAUUAGCAUCAGUUUAGUAGUAUACUGCUUGCUUGCUUGCUUGCCUGCCUACAUCCCUUCCCCACUCCCCGACUCUUCCGCUCCCGCACCCAACUCCCCAACCAUUUAUUGUCAUUUGGGCUGUGGAUUCUUGAUCAGAUCCACCCAUCGCCACUGAUCACUGACUCCUUCCUUCAUCAACCAUGGCUGAGAAGGUGACUACGAUGAGACUCAAGGUUGAUCUUCAAUGCCCCUGCUGCUACAAGAAGGUCAAGAAAAUCCUCUGCAAAUUUCCUCAAAUCAGAGACCAGAUAUAUGAUGAGAAGCAAAAUCUGGUGACCAUCACCGUCGUGUGCUGUAGCCCCGAGAAAAUCCGCGACAAAUUAUGUUGCAAGGGUGGCAAAGUCAUUAAGAGCAUUGAGAUCGUGGAGCCACCAAAGCCCAAGCCACCGCCGGAGAAGCCUAAAGAGCCCGAAAAGCCCAAGCCACCCCCAGAAAAGCCCAAAGAGCCCGAAAAGCCCAAGCCACCCCCAGAAAAGCCCAAAGAGCCCGAAAAGCCCAAGCCACCCCCAGAAAAGCCCAAAGAGCCCGAAAAGCCCAAGCCACCCCCGGAAAAGCCCAAAGAGCCGGAAAAGCCCAAGCCACCUCCAGAAAAGCCGAAGGAGCCCGAAAAGCCCAAGCCACCUCCAGAAAAGCCCAAACCACUACCACCACCACCUGAACCGUGCUCGCACCCACCAGUUCCAGUGGGCUUUUGUUGUGUCCCAUGUUCGGAAGGGUACGGCGGGGGACCAUGCUACUACGGGUACGGGUACGGGCGGCCUGUGCCCCCGCCACCUUGUUAUGAUAGCUAUGCUUACGGGUACGGAUAUGGGAAGGGGUACCCGUACAGUCGCUGCGAUUAUUUCAGUGAGGAGAACAGUACGGGUUGCACGAUCAUGUGAGAGGAGCAGAGAAUUUGGUGGGUGACCUUAGUGUGUGUGUGAUUCUACAACUAUAUGGUACGGUAUGAUGUGAAAACCGAAGAGCGUCCAAAUUAAUUAAUGACUGCAUCGAAGCAAAAAUAAUACUAGUAUGUACUUAGGGCCUUAGGCCCCUUAUAAGACCUAUAAAAGGAAGAAGAAAAUAAUAAUGUGUAUAUGAUUCUGGAUUAUGGAGAAAGAGAGAGAGAGAGAUGUACAGGCUUAUUCAAGUUGCCUGUCCAUUAGAAUAAGCUUUUGUAUGUAUCCAAAUGGAACGUCGUUGCAUCAAAUUUUCUUUUCAUUGUUUAUAAUAAUAAUAUAAUAAAAGUCCUUUACAAUCAUCA